UUAUUUAUUUUAUUGUGUGGAUUUGAGACAGGAAGCCACAGUUGGAGCUGAUGCAACGUCAGCGUCGUCACACACUUGUAACCGGCAGAGCAGCUGGGGGUCAAGAGCGCCGCCACAGUGGUGAUUCAUGACUCCGCCCCAUUUAUUCUCCACCUGCUGCUUUUGGCUGAGCUGUUUGUCCGCACGUCGUCCCGUCCCACCCACAGUUUCUCUAUCUGUGGUUUUUUUGGGUCAAUGAUCCCUCAGGUGGACAGAAUCAGGAUGUUAUCCAAACAUCUCCAUGGCCUGUCAGAUGAUGAACUUCUGAACCUCGCUGCUGUUGACAACAGACUUCAUGAUCUUCCUCACAUUCAGCAAACUGCUGCUCAUUUCACUUCACGGAAGGUGAAUGAGUCUCUCUCUCAGCUUCAUGUCUACACUCAGUCUUUUAAGCAUCACAUUGACUGGCUGAUAACUGCUCAAUUCAACUUCAGUUUGCCCACGCAGCCAGCUGAGGGCGCCAGUGCUCACCUGCUGCAGCUGUCCACUCUCAUCCACACAGCUUUACAUCAGAUGGACGAAACGUCUACUCAGGCUCCGCCUCCCUUCCUCCCUGUUGCCGCCUCCACCUUUGACGUGCUCCAGUUCUCUGUGGAGAUUUCUGAGCGGCUUCAGGUCUUCUGUUACUGGUCCAGGAGACUUUUACGGCAUCUCCAGAAACUCUCGCGCUGCACUCGACGUUAAGACCUUUGACGUCAUUGUCGAGCAAAAAAAGAAAACCACUGUUAACUUUUGCGAUUUUUACCCAGCAAGGCAUUAGCAUAGCAAUGCUAGCAGCCAGAGCCGGAUUACACAAAGGCAAACUAGGCACGUGCCUAGGGCCCGAUUGGCAGGGGGCCCAGACAGAGGGACAAUCGAAACCUAAAAAUGACGAUUUAGGCUCCUCGUCCUGAUGACGCGACGCUGUCAGGGGCUUUCUAAGGACAGUCUGCUCUGAUCGACAGUCGCGCUGGGGGCAGGCGGGUGGGAGAAGCUGCAGUGAGUGCACAUGUCCGCGGCGAGGUGGCGGGGGUUCGCUGUAAACCACCUUCGCCCCGAGCCCUCCAAGCCGAUCUAGAGUCGGUCGCGGCGCACCACCGGCGGAGGAAAUUUCAUGUCAAACUUAAGUGUGACACUGCACUAUAACCCUAACCCUAACCCUAACCCUUAGUCUAAAAGACUAAAACUAAGACUAAACCAAAUUGGCUUCCAAAAACAACACUGCACAGUACACCAUCCAGAGAAACCUACUGCAAAUUGUAUUGGUCUUUGUAUAUUUGACUACUUAUUAAACUAUUCAAUUUAAUCAACACAUUUAAUUAAGAUUUUCUGCAAAAUGAAAUAGCUUACAACAUUUAUCUUAUUUGCUCUGUUUACAUAGCAAUGCUGACACCUAUUGGUGAUUUACUGGUACUACUGCCUUAACAAUGACACUCGCAAUGGAUAAGAUAAGGAUAAUUUAAUAGCAUUUAAUAGAGCCUUGUAGUAAUGUAUAAAUACGGUAAUACAAAUCAAAAAAUAGUGUGAUAGACUGUUUAAUAUACGACACAUGACUUAUUUUGGCAUACAAAGAACCAACUUGUAACCAAAGACUACGCUAUGUAAAAUGUGAAUUGACUUUUAUUAGUAACUUUGGUAAGUUUCAGAUUUCAAUUCAUAAAUAACAUCGAUGGAGGGGGGCCCAAAAAAUACAGUCUGCCUAGUAUAGUCCAUUUAUUUAAUCCGGCUCUGGUCUCAACGUGAAAAUGAAAGCUCAAAGCUGAAGUUACUGUAGCGUCACCUUUUACGUUUACGACUGUUUACACGCUCAGUGCCUGCGAAAUGUUUGUCUCCUCAUGAGCUAAAUUGCAACAAAAUAUCCUGGAACCUUUUUUUGUACUUAUUUAGAUGCUAUUUAUGAGCUUUUUUUACAUUUUAUAUAUUAGUGUGAGAUGCAGGCAUCUCAUUGGGUUAUGUAAUAUUUAAUAAUAAUAUUAAUAAUAAAGUAUUGUC